UGGCAGACAGAGGACGCAGCUGUCACAUGCUGGAUGAACGGAUCCUCGAAGCUGACCCGCGGGCUGAGGAAUUGAUCUUAAAAAGCACAUUUCGUCAAAUGCUUUUUUUUUUUAAACGUGAACAAGGCAAACCCGUCGUUAGUGUUAUAAAUUAGAAUAUUUCAAAGUUGUGGUCCGCGCGGACGCACUGUUUGGACCAGAGCACGUUCGGUCGGUUGAAUAACGUUACCGGGGAGACGGUAGUUGCGACGACGGACGACUCUAAAUACGUGCAGCCAAUCAUUUUUAAGAGUUAAAGCCUUUGCAAAGAUUACGACCAACAGGACUAUUACAUCUGCCGUAGCUGAGGAGGACAUCAUAAGAAGGCGAGGAUCGAAGCAGCAUGGGUGGACUUCAACAUUACCUGCUGUCAUGGAAAGCAUUCACAUCCGCAGUGAUUCACAAGAGGCGUUACCACAAAGGGAGCAGGUCUGAACCCAAAUGCUAAAGUGUGGCAGGAGAUUCCUGCCAAUCAGAAUGACAUCCCAGAGGGGACAGAGGAUUCCCCUUGGCUUCUGAAUUACCCUCCUCCUGCUGAGAUGACCGACGGUUACUCAGACGUUCCCUCUUCAGGGGGAAAAGGAUGCGACGGUGAAUGUCUUGAAAGCACUGCUGACUUUCCCUCUGUACCCACAGAGGACAUUGUGAAUGGCACUGACCCCUCUGACUUGGGCUAUUUAGUCUUUGACCCACAAUGCGAAUCAGCCUUAGAUGGUAAAGCUUCGAAGGAAGAACCAAUGUCUGAGGAGAGCCUAAGAGAGUCUUUGAAGAAAAAACUUGAGUUCUGCUUUUCUAGAGAGAACCUAUCUAAGGACCUGUACCUGAUAUCCCAGAUGGACAGUGAUCAGUUUGUUUCCAUCUGGACCAUUGCUUGCAUGGAGGACAUCAAAGCCCUUACCACUGACAUGGACCUCAUUCUGGAUAUACUGCGAGCCUCUCCCAUUGUGCAAGUUGAUGAAACUGGAGAGAAGGUUCGGCCAAACCACAGUCGCUGCAUCAUUAUUCUGAGAGAGGUGCCAGAGACUACUCCAGUUGAGGAAGUGGAGGCUCUCUUUAAGAGUGAAAACUGUCCACAAGUGUUAAGUGCUGAGUUUGCACACAACAGCAACUGGUACAUAACGUUUCAGUCAGAUAUGGACGCACAACAGGCUUACAGAUACCUAAGAGAGGAAGUGAAAACGUUCCAGGAAAAACCAAUCAUGGCCCGUAUUAAGGCCAUUAACACAUUCUUUGGUAAGAACGGCUUCCGCAGUGUGGACUCAAGUGCGUACAGUCAGCAUGCCCAACCCCAGGGUCAGUAUGGCUCUCCAGUCUACAUGCAGCAGGCGUACAGCCCUCAGCAGCAGUACCCUGUAUACCCUGUGGUGUCUCCCUCCUGGAACCCUUCGGUCAUGCCUUACUUUGAAACACCACUGGCACCUUUCCCACACAGCAGAUUCAUCAAUGGUUACAACAGUCCUGGGAACUACGACGCAAACUCAGUCAGCGGCCAUCGACCCAUGAGCAGGAACCGAAAUCAUGUUAAGGGUCACCCUAAGCCUGGAGACGUGCCCCCUUCUUCUUCUAUGGCUCCGGGGACCCUGAUGGAUGGCCUGUCUGGGCCACAGCCCCUCCAGACAUCAGCGACAGCCUCUCUACCCUCCUUCAGCCUUAAAGACAUGUCUCCACAGGCGACUAUACCCGGUGGAUAUCUGAGUGGAACUGCACGUGGCCGGAGAGGUAGUCACAGAGGCACGAGGAGGAGAAGAGAAGACGAACAUGCCACGAGGACUGUCGCUGGGAUGGAGGCCAAGGUGCCAUCUGCACCAAAGUUUGACCUGGCAGCUUCCAAUUUUCCUCCUUUGCCGGGAUCUGUGGUCAGUAUGCGGGGAGAAACUAUGCCAGAGGUGCGCCUAUCUGAUGUCGUGCGUGGCCUGAAGGUGGCUAACAAGCCUGUGAGCCAAGAGGUUAACGAGACCCGACCCACAAGCGUCUCUGAAGAAGCUGUAAGCAAACCAGAUUCUGUCACUGCCGUUGCUAAACUUGCUCCUGUGACACCGCUCACAGUGGCACCACCAGUCUUAAGUGUUUCUCCUCCGGUAAAAGAAGAGGAAAAAGUGAAACCUCCUAUUCCAAAGGAAAGAAUCUCCUCCUCACCGCAGGCUGCCUCACCAACAGCCUCUGAACCUGCGCCCUCUUCCUGCAGCCAGGCUGUUUCUACAGAAGCACCUUCCCCAUCUCCCCCAACUCCAACAUCUCCAACAUCAGAUCUGGGAGCAAAAAAGCUCAGCUACGCAGAGGUUUGCCAGAGGCUGGCCAAGGACCCGCCACCAGCACAGACCUCUCCCUCCCCUCCUGCCUCUUCAGCCGGCCAACCCCUGCAGGAGCUAAAGGUCAACAGUGUUGAGGAGCAUCGGCCCAACUCCAGGCGCUCUACAGACAAUCCAGAGAAAGCCAGAGACGGUCGCCCUCCUCGUCAACCAUUACGCUCCUUCCGAGGGGCAAAUGGCCAAGUCAGACCUGGAGGGCUGAAGACUCGGGACCACCAGAGAGGCUUGAAUAAUAGUAGCAAACCAUUUUCCCCACACCGGGGGGCCAGACGCAGUGGCAAAGAACAGAACAUUCCCCCAAGGUCACCAAAAUAAAAGAAAAAGGAACCUCAUGAACUUUAAACAGAAAUUUAAACUGUGAAUAUAUGUAAAUAUACAGAUGAAUAUAUUUCAUUUGACAGACUUUUUCAAAGAAUCUAAUAUUGUUGCAGACCUGAAAUUAUUUAGAAAGACUAAGUAGAUAUGCUUUUUUAGGUGAAUGCAUAAAGUCUGCUGACAGAAUUGUUAAAACAUACUUAAAUGCUUGAGUAAUAACACAAUGACGUUCUCAAAAGAUGCCUCUAUAAACGGGCUACAUAUGUAGUGUUUGUGUGUUUUUAAGAAAGUGAGAAGGAGAAAGAGGGAUCUUGUUACUUAAAAAAAAAAAUUACGGUAGUCUAACUUUUAUUAGCAAGCGCUGUUGACAUCCAAAAUGAUGAAUCGGGCACAUUUAAUUUUUUUCCGAGUGGUUAUUGUUGGCAUGUGAUUCAUCUUGAGCUUUUUCUCAAAUUAGUUUGCCGUUGAAAUCAAGGAUCUAUGAUUUAUUUAUGAAAUGGAAAAGGUUGAAUCCAUGGCAGAAUAAUACAAUUAGAGGAGCGUGAUGAAGAUUUGAACUUUGACUUGAGUAGAAAGAGAAGAAUUUGAAGAAUAAAUUUGUUUUUGGAGAAAUGUUCUACAGAUGAUGCCGGUGAAAGUUUCAUUGAUUCAGAACAUUGCGUUGUGUAAUGAUUAUACUCCAAUGUUUUUGCAGUAGUUGUCUUUGUGAUGCAUAUAUUAGAUAUAUACCACUAACAUUCUAAAUAAGUCCCGUAUUAUUACUAGAGUAGAUCCGCUUAUUUGGUUUUUUUUUGCAGGAUUUAAUCAGUGAUUUAACUCUUGUGCAAAUCGGUAUAACUUGUAGAAAUUGUAUUUUGAAUACUCAUGAGAAAAGUAUUUGUCAGCCAAAUAACCUACUGUUGCUGAUUGUUAUUAGACGUGAUCAGAAAGACUGUCACAAUGUUUUAUCAUAUAUCAGAAGUGUUGUGUGUGUGUGUGUGUGUGUGUGUGUGUGUGUCUGUCUGUCUGUCUCACAAAGCAAGAUUACUGGGUUUGAAGGCACAUUUUGGUUUCAGGCCCGGCUUCUGAUAUGGAUAGUUCUGUAUUUUGAGUUUCAGGAAAGUGUCUAGAGUAAGGUGCUCAAUCUUGACGAAUGAGCUGUCCUUAAUCGGCGACUAGCAUCUGCAUGAUCAUUGCUAAAACUGAUCUGAGGGACCUCAGGAGGAGAAAUUUAAUUUUCUUCCACAAUUUUUAAUUGGUGGCUUCCUCUUGCUGAACAUCGCUGUUUGAUGGUUGAUGCCAUGGCCAGUGUCUAAACAUGACUCUGACAUUGAUUGCCUGCAUCAUCUGUUUUGAUUGAAUAGAUAAGGCUUCAGAUGAAUGUAGUCCUUUAUGACAACAAAACAACACUUUAGAGCUUGAUUGUCUAUGUAGUAGCUUGCCUUGAGCGUGUGUAUAUACCGAUUUAUUUUUGAUCUGGGUUAAUGUAAGUGUUUUUCUUGCUGUAGACAAGUUUCAUUUUCUAUCAAAUUGUUUUUCUUCUCAUGUUAUUCAAUGUUUGUGUAAUAUUAGUAAAUUAGUGUGUAGACUGAUCUGAGAAAAGAUAACUGACAACUGAUCAACCCCUCCAUAGUGAGCUGAACAUACCUAUUUUAAUUGAAAUGCACUAUCCUUUGAUCUCUCGGCUUUCAAUCAUUACAGAAGUAAGAAAUAGAAAGAUGUUGCACAGAAAUGCUCAAUUUGAGCAUAAAUGUGUUUUUGUUUCAUCUGAAUAUGGAUAUGGAAAUACUCAAAAGAUGAUUUUCAGGAUUAAGGGUAUACAACAUUUCACCUUGGAUAAUUGUUUUGAGUCCUCUGCUUGUUGGGACUUGACUGCAGUGUACAGUAUUUUAUGUCUUAUAAUCAGUAGUUCAAUUGUCUCCUAUGUGUCAUUAUGUCUGUAAACGUUUGUGUGUGAGAGGGAUUGCUUCUGGUACAGACUACGUGGAACUAUUAUCUCAAACCAAACCUCCAGUGCCUUUUUUAACAGUGUUUCAUUUCAGUAUAAAAGUGCAUGAAUUGUGAGCACAUCAAUUUGUCACACAGAGCAAGGCUGGUUAGUUGGUUGUCAAAAUCCUCCGUUGUCAAUUUGACACUCGGAGAAACUAGAUCUUGCCCAAUGUUAAUCUCAGUUUAUUGUAGGUGCAGCUGCAGGGCUGGGAGUGGAGAUGUGUGUGUCUGUGCAUGCUUGUUUGUCCGUUAUGGGUCUAUGAUACUGUUUAAUUUGUUAGCUUGUCAAUGCAAUUUUAGUCUUAUAUCAGAAUCCUGCUUAUAACUCACAAUCAAACACAGGAUUGCAACUUUCACACUGGUUUAAUAAGUAAUUAUGUUAUUGCUGAGCCUGAGGUAUGAAAAUAAAGAUUUAUUUUUAAACCGC